AAUCAACAACAUUACAGAAACAUCAUGGAUAGGUCAAGGAGUAAAAAAGACAGCAAGAAAAUAAAGUCUAGACACAAGGAUAGUGCUUUGAAAAGUAGGCUGGAGUCAAUUUCAAAGAAAUCAUCCAAAGACCCAAAAAAUAGAAAAUCCAAGUUGGAAAAGAUAAUAAAAGAAAAAUAUUCAAAGAAAAACGAGAAAAGCCAGAAAUCUGAAAAUGCAAAAAAUGAAGAUUUGGUAGAAUUGUCCGAAGAUGAUAACAAAAUAGAUUCAAAUGAAAUAACUCAAGAAAGUGAAAAAAUAAAUAAGAAAGCCAACAUUGACAAAGACAUUGUAGAUGACCAUCAAGAAAAAAUUGAAGAGGACAGUGAUAGUGAUGAUAAUAAUGAUAGUGAAGAGGAACAAGUUAGUCAAGAAAAUGAAAAGAAACAGAAAGAUAACCAAGAUAAUUCUAUAAUUAUUGCUGAUACAAAAAGCUUCCCAAAAACGUUUGUUGACUUAAAGUUAUCCCCAUUGACUUUAAAAGCAAUAAAUGAGAUGGGGUUUACCACAAUGACUGAAGUACAAGCAAGAACGAUUCCACCAUUACUAGCAGGAAAGGAUGUUUUGGGAGCUGCCAAAACAGGUUCAGGAAAAACUUUGGCAUUUUUGAUUCCAGCUAUUGAGCUUUUAUAUUCUUUAAAAUUUAAGCCCAGAAAUGGUACAGGUAUAAUAAUAGUUUCACCCACAAGGGAAUUGGCAUUACAGAUAUUUGGUGUUGCAAGAGAAUUGAUGCAAUUCCACUCGCAAACCUUUGGUAUAGUGAUUGGAGGUGCCAAUAGAAGAGCAGAAGCUGAAAAAUUGAUAAAAGGUGUUAAUCUUUUAAUUGCAACCCCUGGAAGAUUAUUGGAUCAUUUACAAAAUACAAAGGGAUUUGUUUUCAAAAAUUUAAAAGCAUUAGUUAUCGAUGAAGCCGACAGAAUUUUAGAAAUUGGUUUUGAAGAGGAAAUGAAACAAAUCAUCAAAAUAUUGCCAAAUGAAAAUAGACAAAGUAUGUUGUUUUCCGCUACUCAAACUACCAAAGUUGAUGAUUUGGCAAGAGUUUCACUAAAAGCAGGUCCUCUUUACAUUAAUGUUGUUGGUGAAGAUGAUGUUGCUACUGCAAGCGGUUUAGAACAAGGUUAUGUUGUGUGUGAAUCUGACAAAAGAUUUUUGUUGUUAUUUUCUUUUUUAAAAAGAAAUCAAAAGAAAAAGAUUAUUGUUUUUGUUUCUUCGUGUAAUUCAGUAAACUAUUAUGGUGAAUUACUCAAUUAUAUCGAUUUGCCAGUUUUGGAUUUGCAUGGUAAACAAAAGCAACAAAAGAGAACAAAUACGUUUUUUGAGUUUUGUAACGCGAAAAAAGGUAUUUUAGUUUGUACUGAUGUUGCUGCUAGAGGUUUGGAUAUUCCAGCUGUUGAUUGGAUCAUUCAAUUUGACCCUCCAGAUGAUCCAAGAGACUAUAUUCAUAGAGUGGGAAGAACUGCAAGAGGUUCAAGUGGAAAAGGGAAAUCUUUGAUGUUCUUGACCCCUUCUGAACUUGGGUUUUUAAGAUAUUUAAAACAGUCCAAAGUUCCAUUAAAUGAAUAUGAGUUUCCUACAGGAAAAAUUGCCAAUGUGCAAAGCCAAUUAGAAAAAUUGAUUAGUAGCAAUUAUUUGCUCCAUCAAAGUGCAAAGGAUGGCUUUAGAUCUUAUUUACAAGCGUAUGCUAGUCACCAGCUAAAACAAGUUUAUAAUAUUGAUAAAUUAGAUUUGAAUAAAGUAGCAAAAAGUUUUGGAUUCACAUCACCUCCAAAGGUUAAUAUUACUUUAGGUGCAAGUUUGAAAAGUGAGAAAAAAAACAAAAAAAGAGGCAGAUCUUCACAUUAAAGACUUUAUAUGUUAUUAAUAUUUAUUAAAUUAACUAUAUAUUUUAAAUAUUGUGUGUAAUAAAUUUCUAAUAAA